AAAUAAGGCGACGGCGAAUGAAAUAAAUAAAGCUCCGGCCGUUUUAGAAGCCAGCAGACUUUUGACAGGUGCUCAGACGGUCGCGGGAGCAGGAGCGGGUCCUCUGCAGCAGCUGUCACCGCCAUCGGACGCGUCCAACUCGAGUGGCCUGGAUGUAAAACGGGAAUCAAGGCCGAAUCGGCGUUUAUAUUGACAGCCCGUUAAAAAAAACCGUGCGAUGUAAACAGGGUGCUGCUGCUGCAGCGGCGAAGGCGGCUAGCUAAGCUAGCUAACUUUAUCAGCCGGAGAUUGAACUCGGAUUUUCCCCCCAGAGUGCACACCCACCGUGGGAAGGAUGAACGGACCUCAUUGUGAACGUUCGCCGAGCUAACAAGCUAACCAGCUGUGCCGAAGUCGCUGCUAGGCAGUCACCGCAGUCCGCCGCCCGGAGAACUCUUAAUCCACCUAUAGCUUUACUACAAGCAUGGCUCAAGACGCGUUCCCUCUGCAUUUCCUCGUCUGGAACAAUCAGUAUCUGGAGCUGGAUCGGGAGCUGCACAAGAAAGAGCAGGAUGUGGAGCGCCUGGAUCCCAGAGGGCGCACCCCGCUGGAGCUGGCCGUGUGCCUGGGCCACCUGGAGUCCACCCGGGUGCUGCUCAGACACUCGGCGGACCCGACGCACUGCAACGCGCAGGGCUGGACCAUCUUGCAGGAGGCGGUGAGCACUGGAGACCCUGAGCUGGUGCAGCUGGUGCUUCAGUACAGAGACUUUAAACGUGCAACCGAGAGGCUGGCGGGCAUCCCGGAGCUGCUCAGCAAACUAAGACAGGCACGGGACUUCUACGUGGAGAUGAAGUGGGAGUUCACCAGUUGGGUUCCACUGGUGUCAAAGGUGUGUCCCAGUGAUGUCUACAGAGUGUGGAAGAGCGGCUCGUGCCUACGUGUAGACACCACUCUCCUGGGAUUCGAACACAUGACCUGGCUGAAAGGACGGCGCAGUUAUAUCUUCAAAGGUGGAGAUGAUGGGGCUCUGGUCAUGGAGGUGGACCACGAGAAGCAGGUUGUGUACACGGAACCUCUUGUGCUGUCGCCUCGUGAUGCACCCUCGCUCCUGGCAGCCAUGCAGCCAUCGCAGGAGAACACCGCCCAGAGACUGACGUCGCCCAUCGUCUCAACGCACCUCAACACACGCAACAUUGCCUUUGAACGAAACAAGUCGGGGAUCUGGGGCUGGCGAUCUGAGAAAAGCGAGGUGGUCAGUGGCUAUGAAGCCAAGGUUUACAGUGCUACCAAUGUAGAGCUAGUGACUCGGUCAAGGACAGAACAUCUAUCGGACCAGGACAAAUCGAGAAGCAAAGGCUCAAAGACUCCACUGCAGUCCUUUCUGGGAAUAGCUGAACAACACACAGCUCAUAAUGGGAGUAAUGUGUCCCAGUGCGCCAGUCCUCACAACCCCACAGCCAUCACUGCUGAGGAAUACUUCAACCCGGAGUUCAACCUGAACGGACGAGACAUCGGACGUCCUGUCGAGCUGACCAGCAAAGUCCAGAGGUUUAAGGCAACCCUAUGGUUGAGUGAGACCCACCCUCUCUCUCUGGCAGAGCAAGUGACGCCCAUCAUCGACCUCAUGGCCAUCUCCAAUGCUCAUUUUGCCAAGCUGCGAGACUUCAUUACCCUGCGCCUGCCUCCAGGCUUCCCUGUCAAGAUAGAGAUUCCCCUGUUUCAUGUGCUGAAUGCCAGAGUGACAUUCAGUAACCUCUGUGGCUGUGACGAGGCAGUCAGCUCUGUGACGGUUCACAAACCAGAGAGCUCUGAAGAAGCUGGUGUGUCUCCCCCUCCCUUCCACUGUGAGGUGGACCCCUCCGUGUUUGAGCCCCCACCCGACUACACCACUCUCGGUCCGGGCCGCAGCGAACCCAUGAGGGAUGAAGAUGACAACCUGCUGCAGUUCGCCAUCCAGCAGAGUCUGCUGGACGCCGGAACAGAGAGCGACCAGGUGACGAUCUGGGAGGCCUUGACCAACAGCCGCCCGGUGCCCCAGUCUCCACUGUAUGAGGAAGACUCUCAGCUAGAGAGGGCCAUCCAGGAGUCACUGUCCAUCUCACUGGCCAGCAGAGAGGGCGAUGACACCGCAGAUCCAAGCCUGCCCUCCUCAGUCUCCCCGUCAGACCCCUCUGCCAAUUCCCCGGUCUUAUACAGCACAGUGGCCGAUCCGAGGCUAUCGGGACAGUUUGGUGUAGCAACGAGCUUUGACGAGCAGUUGCGUAUUGCCAUGGAGCUUUCAUGCAGGGAGCAGGAGGAGAUAGACAGGAAGCGAAAGGAGGAAGAGGAGGAGCUGGAGAGGAUCCUGCAGCUGUCACUCACCGAGAAGUAAUGUCACAACACAAGCAGUGGAGGCUAGUCUUCACUGGGGAGCAACCUUGUUAAUUUAUUCAGUUUUAUUUUCUAAAUCCUGAGGUGUCGUUGCAGGUAUUUUAUUUGUUUUCUUCAUGCAAAGGCUGCUACAAGAGAGUAAUGUAAGUAAUGUGAAACAAGUUGAAGGCAUGAAUGUGAAGAAAACAAGUACUCUGAAACACUACAGUGAAGAGGGAGCGAGGCUUUGUUUUUGUUUUUAUUGGAUAUUUUUCAGUCUUGCUGUCUUUAUGGAGUGAUGAAUGAUUCUUAAACUUUAAACCUAUAACUUGAUCCAUGACAUUGAUGAAAAAUAAGAAAAGAGAUCUUAAUGGGUAACUUAUAAAAAAAAAUCUGAUUAUAAUAUUAGAAACUAUUAUGUUGGCUUACUUCUAAGUGUGAAAAAUAAAGGACUAUCAUCCUG